UUACUCUCGCCAGUUUGCUACAUAUUUGCCUUCCACUCAUUGCACGGUCCUCCUGUCAGUUGACAUACCUGAGAUUUCCAGCAAGUCCUACCUCAAUUCGCAACUUCGAGCACUCGCUCUUGCUCCUACAGUAUCCGACAGCACGUAACUCUGAAGGCUCUUCUUAGAGAAUUCUAUCACCAACUUUGCGAGGCCAACGUGGCGAGUUCUUAAUUGUAUGCCUCGCCGGAGAGCGCAUCCUCCAUAUCCAGUCGUGCCCUUCCGUCACUCAACCUCCCCCACUCUCCCUACCAUGUUGAACAUAUUCGGCCGUUCCGGUGCAUUGCGGCGGAGGCAGAAGUGCUGGGAAGACCCGUAUGCCAGCGGAAACGAGAAUCAGCGGCGCAACCGCGCAAGAGUGUUCGCGGAGCGCGAUCAGAUACGGCGCAUAGCACAACAGAGGAAUUAUGGAUUUGGUCACCGAUACAGACCCAGGGGUUUCGACUUCCCGCGAAUGCCCUCCAUGGCGUCAGGACACAAUCAUUUCACGGGCGGCUUCCCGCGACGUACGAUGUCCCCGAUGGAUCCAAGGUAUCGACGCCCCGCUUACCACCGUUCCCCUUGGGGUAUGGGCAUGGGUAUGGGUAUGGGUAAGGGUAUGGGGAUGGGGAUGGGGAUGCGACGCGGAGGCCACCACGGUAUGGGUUGGGGGUCGAGCUUCAGACGUCCUUCGUAUCGCCACCAUCGCGGAUACCCACCAUCGCCUCAUCGAUACGGAUAUCACCCUACGACGUCCCACUUCGGUGACGACCUGUCCGACGACGAUGAUGAAGACUGGGGGACGGGGUACGGUGACUAUGAAGCGGACGACAGCUACGGUACCUCAUUUGCACGUCACAGGGGCUACACUACAGAUUAUGACGACGAUGAUGAUGAGGGGUAUUAUGGGGAUGGAUUCGACGACGAUGAUGAAGAUGACGACUGGGAUGAAUGGGGACAACACGGCAUGUCGGAUCCUUAUUCCUCGGGAUACGGAACUCAUCAUAUGGGGCAUACGUAUUGACGCCCCUCUGGUGUGAGAAGUUACCCUCAUUAGGUUUCUUUUUGCUUCCUCCUAUCGAUUUCUUCUUAGUAGAUAGAUACCCACUGUCGCUACUGGUCCUACAGUUGACGGAAUUGCGACUUUGCUGCAUUCGAUAGGUUUUCGGGUAUGUCAUCCUUGCACAAGGGGAUUCGGGAAGGCUAUUUAGCUUACAAUAUCCGCGUUCAACUCUUAAGUUCUCCUCAAGUAAUGUGCCGAAUGGCGAAAUAACAGCUUUACAUUCCACCAUCUCCGCGCUGUCCUACCAUACUUCAAGAUACCCCAGCAACCCUUCUCACCAAACCAUCAGGAACACUCAGCCCAGGAGCCCUGUUUGCCACUUACCCGCCCACGUCCUGAUAAUUCCCACUGACCUCCUAAUACCCUCCGUUCCAAACCCCAUGCCCAACGAUCCCCCCAAUCCCGAAUUCCCAGACGCACAUGUUUGCUACCACCCUCGCGGAGCCCAUCUACCC